CUUGUCUUGUCGCUACCGCGGCGCAAGCCCGGUAGCAGUCGCUGUAGCAGUGCUGUGUUUUGCUAGUCUAGCUACCGGCUUGCAGCAGUUUUGAGCCAGCCGCCCUCAGGGCUGCAAGAGGAGGUGCACUGUGGGUAAAAUGUGAACGUGACGGUGGGUUUUGGCUCAGGUGAAGCUUUUAUGAAGCUAGCGUCGUAAGACACUAGCAGCAAGCAAGUUUUUGUAGUUGUCAAGCAAGGGAUCCUCGGCAACAAGGCACGAGGGCAAGUUUUUGUGGUAGUGCUUAGGUGUGGAGCCAAGACGUCGGCGCCGCUGGCAUCGAUCGCUGCGCGAGCCCUCUCUGCGCGCGAGAGACGCCACAGCUUCGCAAGGCCCAACUGCAGGCAAGCCUGCAUCGACAACGUCGAGCGUCGCGCGGACUGCGUAGCUUGACCACGCGCAAAACAAGUUCCCCCUUGUUUGCAAAACAGCCAGCCGGCGGACUAGAGCGCCCGGGCGACGGAACCGACUCGUAAAGGGAGGAGGCGAUGACCGCCGUCGUCCUCGCGACCGCGGGUUAUGAUCAUAAAAUACGGUUCUGGGAGGCUAGUUCAAGAGUAUGCACGCGGACCGUGCGCUAUCCCGACAGCCAGGUGAACUGUUUAGCUAUUUCGGACGACAAGUUGUUUCUGGCGGCGGGAGGAAACCCCCACGUGCGCGUGUUCGACGUGGCCCACACGCAGACAUCAGCGCCCGUCGCCGAGUUUAGCCACGCGGGCAACGCGACGGCCUGCGGCUUUUGUAGAGAUCGGAGCUGGCUCUUUUCGUCGAGCGAGGACGGUACGGUUAAAAUAUGGGACCUCCGGGCGCCGCCUCGGUGCAAAACCACGUUCUCCUGUACGGACGGGAAGGGUGAUGCCGUCGCGUGCCACUCGGCCUGUCUGCGGCGGGGCGGCGACGAAAUUGUCAGUGGAGACGAUAGUGGCAGGGUGCGGGUCUGGGACGUAGUGGCGGACAAAUGCCGCGAGACGCUGCGGCCGGCCGACGACGUGCCCGUGCGCGCCGUCGCGUGUGCCAAUGAUGGUUCUUUCUUAGCUGCAGCCACAAGGGACGCGGACGUCUACGUCUGGCGGCCCGACGAUUCCGACGCGCACGGUUUAGACCAUAUCAUCGAGGCGGCGCACGACGCGGGGUCCGACCGGACCUACGUCCUGUCGUGCCGGGCCUCGCCCGACGCCCGGUUAUUGGUCACGACGGCGAGCGACAAAACCGCAAAAAUCUGGAACGCGCGGCGGGGCUUCGCGCUCGAGAAGACGCUCGCCCAGCACCAGCGCUGGGUCUGGGACGCCUGCUUCUCCGCCGACUCGGCGUACCUCGUGACGGCGUCGUCGGACCACAGCGCGCGGCUCUGGGACCUGUCGUCCGGCGCGGCGAUCCGCUACUACUCGGGGCACUCGCUCGCCGUGACGUGCUGCGCGCUGAACGACUCGUCUGCUGCCUAACUAACUGUUCUGUUGUGA